AUGAAAGUCAAUAUGACAUACAAGCGGCUCGCUUGCGAACUACCUGGACAGGAAGCUCCUGCCACGCUGCUUGAUAGUUUGAACUUCGCGCGCAAAAUGAGCAAAAUAGCUUUCAAGAUUCCCCUUUCGAUAGAUGACCCCGUCUAUGCCACCUCAAAAUUCAGAAGCUUCAUCUUAAUGCUGAAUGAUAUAGUUCCUCCGAGCUCCGCGGAUACUAUUCAGACAUAUCUUAGCCCAAACACCGUGUCUCUGCGAACGAUAUCCGGAGACUAUGAUGCACUCUCAUCUCCAUGUCUACGAAUAGGGCUUCUAACUCGGUUUUCGCUGAAGAUCUGCGAAAGGACGAAAAGGGUGUUGGCUGCUCAAUGGAUGACUCUGAGUUUGGCCGAUCUCGAUAUGGAGACGUUGGAUAGAUUGAUCGAGGUCAAGGCAACAGUGGAAAAGAAUUGUUUAUUUUUCUGGUCUGCAGUUCCUGUUUUCGGAUGUAGCAGUGAUAUGCCUUCAGCGAGAUUGAGAUGUGGAGGGGAAAAAUGUUCUAGCGAGAACCUUUUGCGAUCGAAAGAAGAAAGAUUUCAAAUUCCAAGGAGCUUGUUAAGACCAAUCUCUGAAGGGCGACUCCACAAGCCUAAACCCGCAAACUUCACCCAGGGCUUCCAACGGGCCGUACUACGCACGAACGUACCGAGUUUGUAA